AUGCGCGGUCCCGCGGAGCACGUAGACCCGCCCGGGUACCAGUCGCCCACGGCCAGCCGCCUCGCGGCCCGGCGUAUCGGCGGCGGUGGCGGCCCGCCCAUGGGCUAUGAGGAUCUGCAGCAGGUGGGGGCCAUAAUCGUGGGCAGCCCCGAAACUGUCACUAGGAGGCUGUCCGAGACCAUCGGGCAACUCAAUCCCGGCUAUAUGAUCCUCAUCGGCAGCGACGGCAACAUCCCGCACAAGGACGUAAUGAGAUCUGUGGAGUUGCUGGGCAAGGAAGUGGUACCGGCCCUCCACGAAAUUCAGCUUGCUCCGUACGAAUAG